AUGCAGAAGCAAACAGCAAUGGAGAAACUUCCCGAUGAUCUGAAAAUAGAGAUCCUUCUUCACCUGCCCGUGAAAUCUCUGCUGCGUUUCAAGUCUGUGUCCAAGUCAUGGCUCUCUCUCAUCUCCGAUCCCUCCUUCGCAAAUCUUCACUUUCAACGAUCUUCCCAACACACCCUUCGAUUCCCUUACAGAAUUCAUCAGCAAAUUCGAUCCAUAGAUCUCAACACAUCUCUUCAUGACGAUUCUGCAACUAUCAAGCUCGAUUCCCCCAUCAACUAUGACGUUAUUUUAACUUCCUGUCGAGGCUUUUUGCUUCUUCUGAACAAGGAAGAAGACGAUCUUCUUCUCUGGAAUCCUUCCACUGGUGAGCACAAACACAUCCCACUUCCUCUUCCAUGGGUUCUCUCUGAGCUUUAUGGCUUCUGUUACGAUGAAUCCACUCAUGACUACUUAAUAGUGCUCGCAUCGUCGUUGUCGUUGUUGUCUCCUUCAGUAUUAGGGUUUUAUGUCUUCUCUGUCAGAACCAAUUCGUGGGAAAAGCUCGCUCUCGAUCAUCAAGUAUUGCAUGUAACCCCUUCUCCAGGGGUUGGUUCUGUUGUAAACGGUGCCAUUCAUUGGUUAGUUUGGUAUCCGCCAUGUCGCGUAAAAAAAAUCCUUGCCUUUGAUAUAAGAACAAGGAGUUUAUUGCAACAAUUGGUAUUAGAGCCUGAUGAUGUUGACUUAGGCGGGUUAUGUUAUCUGCGAGUGUUUGGAGGAUCUCUCGCUCUGAUUGAUAUCACCGACCAUGAAAUUAAGGUGUGGAUGAUGAAAGAGUAUGGAGUGAAAUCAUCUUGGACUAAACUGAUGUCUGUAUCUUCUCUUCGUGGAAUGUGUUUUUCUUAUUGUAAACCGAUAUGCUUGACCAAAAAUGGCCAACUUGUUACAUUACAGCGUAAUUUGGAAUUAUUAAAAUGGAGUGAAGGAGGGGAACUGCUAGAAGUUCGUGACUACGAUGAUUACCAGAACUUUUGGUUGUUGGCUGCUGCAAUUGUAUAUACUGAAACUUUACUCCCACUUUCUUAG